AAUUUAUAGAGCGGGAAUUUAUUUGUUUAUCCAUUGUAAAUUUAUGGUUUAUUUUAUGAACUGUGGUGUAAAUCUUUUUAUUUAUCUUGCAUUGCAAGAUUGGUAGUAAAGUAUAUUUAAUUAAAAACGAAAAUAAUGGCAUCUUCAUCAGUUCGUCGAACUUCCCGUUCAAAAAAACCUAGUAUGAAAGCAUUGGAAUCUUUACGCUCUCUCAAAAUCCAAAAUUCAGGUCUGGUUCAUCCAAUAAUUAGCGAUAAAGACGAUACAGAUGAAGAAAUAUACGAGGGAUAUUACCAAGAGGAUAUUCAAAAACCAAAAAUAAUUCAUGAAAACGAAGUUGUGCAUGGAGAAGAUAUGUUUAAUUUUCCUAGACGAAAAACCAAAGAUGGAAUAGCUCAGAAAGUAGCAGAGGCAUUUCUUUUAAAAACCCCACAUAAUAUUAGAAAAAAGACAAAGAAAAACAUUGAAAAAUUGUUAAAGGAAGACAGUGAGAGUGAUUUUGAAGCUUCGUCUGAAGAGGACGAGAGUAACAGCAGUAGUGAAUCAUCAGAUAGUAGUGAUACAGACGAAUCUGAUUAUAAGGCAAAAGGACAAAAAUUGCAAUUUAAAGAACCAAAACUACAAAGUCUACGGACUAUGAAUAGAAAUUACAACAUUCAAACUGAGGAAUAUUUUGAAAAAUCAUCUUCUAAAAAAAACGUUACAUCAAAUAAUACUUUAGAAAAACUCGAAACACCUCGUUUACCUCAGUAUCAGUUACAAAAACUCUUAAGCAACUCUAUAUCUUCAAAUAUGCACAAGGAUGCUAUGAUAAAAUUAAACAAAGUGAAUGACAGUUGUUUUAAAAAGUGGUUAUACUUUCUAAAUGAAAAUUUCAACAUACUUCUGUAUGGUUUAGGUUCGAAAAGACAUAUUUUAAAUAAGUUUCAAAAUACAUAUUUAAAGAAUUUACCAGUGAUUGUAGUAAAUGGGUAUUUCCCUAGUCUUUCAGUAAAGAAUAUUUUAGAUGCUAUUAUAGGUUUGUUAGAAUUGGAAAAUAACCCGGGAAACCCAAUUGAAGCAUGCGAUUUAAUUGUUCAGGAAAUGAAAAAUAUUCCUGACAGUCAUUUAUAUGUAAUAAUUCACAAUAUUGAAGGAGAAACUCUCAGGAAUGGUAAAGCUCAAAACAUACUUGCAAGGUUAGCUUCAAUUUCCAAUGUUCAUUUUAUAGCAUCUAUAGACCAUAUCAAUGCUCCCUUAAUAUGGGACCAUAAAAAACUUAGUAAAUUCAAUUAUAUUUGGUGGGAUGCUACAUCUUUUGCUCAAUACAUAGAAGAAACAUCAUAUGAACAGUCCAUGAUGGUUCAACAGAGCCAUACUUUAGCUCUGUCAUCUUUAAGGAAUGUUUUUGCCUCUCUAACUUCAAAUUCUAAGAGUAUAUAUAAUUUAAUAGUUAAAUAUCAGCUAGAAAAUGCCAAAAGUCAAUACUAUCAGGGUCUAGCUUUUAAGGAUUUGUAUAGGACUUCUAGAGAUUCCUUUAUAGUAAGUUCUGAUUUAGCAUUGAGAGCUCAGUUAAUCGAGUUUGUUGACCAUAAGAUGCUUAAAAUAAAAAGGUCAGUGGAUGGUACGGAAUAUCUGUUGAUUCCAUUAGAAAAUCAGUUAUUACAGAAGUUCUUGGAUGAAAAUAAAUAGAUAUUUUUUAACUAUUUGGCUUAAUAUUAGGAUUGUUUUAAAGUAUGUCAUUUUGUUGUACUAAUUUUUGUAAUUAUUAUUUAUAAAUAAAAGUUGUUUUCAUUUUUUCAUGAAUUACUAUUCAGGAAAAAAUAAUUUGACAGUUAU